GGCGGUUGGCCAUAUAGAGGCUGGGGGUGGGGGGGGGAGGUCAAGCGUAGCCUCUUCUCCUUUACCAAGAUGGCGGCUUGUCCCUGUUUCGCCACAGUUCCUACCUUAUGAGCUUGGUUUCCUUACGCUGAUAAAGUGGAAGAGCAAAAACUGGCAGGCUGACAGAGGCGGCCUCGGGACGGACUCUCUGGCUACUGACCGCUUUGCUGUGGCUCACCCGGAUUGUGCGCGGGCGCGAGGUCGACCAUGAGCUCCGUCGCAGUUUUGACCCAAGAGAGCUUUGCUGAACACCGAAGUGGGCUGGUUCCGCAGCAGACCAAAGUUGCUGCUUUAAAUUCAGAAGAGGAGAGCGACCCUCCAACCUACAAAGAUGCCUUCCCUCCACUCCCUGAGAAAUCGGCUUGCUUGGAAAACGCCCAGGAGCCUGCUGGCGCCUGGAGUAACAAGAUCCGGCCCAUCAAAGCUUCCGUCAUCACUCAGGUGUUCCAUGUGCCCCUGGAGGAGAGAAAAUACAAGGACAUGAACCAGUUUGGAGAAGGUGAACAAGCAAAAAUCUGCUUGGAGAUCAUGCAGAGGACCGGCGCCCAUCUGGAGCUGUCUCUCGCCAAAGACCAGGGCCUCUCCAUCAUGGUGUCGGGGAAGCUGGAUGCUGUCAUGAAAGCCCGGAAGGACAUUGUUGCUAGACUGCAGACUCAGGCCUCAGCAACUGUUGCCAUUCCCAAAGAACACCAUCGCUUUGUUAUUGGCAAAAAUGGAGAGAAACUGCAAGACUUAGAGCUCAAAACUGCAACCAAAAUCCAGAUCCCACGCCCAGAUGACUCCAGCAAUCAGAUCAGGAUCACCGGUACCAAAGAAGGCAUCGAGAAAGCUCGCCAUGAAGUCUUGCUCAUCUCCGCUGAGCAGGACAAACGUGCUGUCGAGAGGCUGGAAGUGGAGAAGGCGUUCCACCCCUUCAUCGCUGGGCCUUAUAACCGACUUGUUGGUGAGAUCAUGCAGGAGACAGGGACGCGCAUCAACAUCCCCCCACCCAGCGUCAACCGGACAGAGAUUGUCUUCACUGGAGAGAAGGAGCAGUUGGCCCAGGCUGUGGCUCGCAUCAAGAAGAUUUAUGAGGAGAAGAAAAAGAAGACCACAACCAUCGCCGUGGAGGUAAAGAAGUCCCAGCACAAGUAUGUCAUCGGGCCCAAGGGCAACUCCUUACAGGAGAUCCUGGAAAGAACAGGCGUGUCUGUGGAGAUCCCACCCUCAGACAGCAUCUCCGAGACUGUGAUACUUCGAGGCGAGCCUGAAAAGCUGGGGCAGGCGCUGACUGAAGUCUAUGCCAAGGCCAACAGUUUUACGGUAUCGUCCGUCUCCGCUCCUUCCUGGCUUCACCGAUUCAUCAUUGGCAAGAAAGGGCAGAACCUGGCCAAGAUCACUCAGCAGAUGCCUAAGGUUCACAUCGAGUUCACGGAAGGUGAGGACAAGAUCACUCUGGAAGGCCCCACAGAGGAUGUAAAUGUGGCCCAGGAACAGAUUGAAGCCAUGGUCAAAGACCUGAUUACCCGGAUGGACUAUGUGGAGAUCAACGUGGACCACAAGUUCCACAGGCACCUCAUCGGGAAGAGCGGGGCCAACAUAAACAGAAUCAAAGACCAGUACAAGGUGUCCGUGCGCAUCCCUCCUGACAGUGAGAAGAGCAACCUGAUCCGUAUCGAGGGGGACCCGCAGGGUGUGCAGCAGGCGAAGCGGGAGCUGCUGGAGCUUGCCUCUCGGAUGGAAAAUGAGCGUACCAAGGAUCUGAUCAUUGAGCAGAGAUUCCAUCGCACCAUCAUUGGCCAGAAGGGUGAACGGAUCCGUGAAAUUCGUGACAAAUUCCCAGAGGUUAUCAUCAACUUCCCAGACCCAGCACAAAAGAGUGAUAUCGUCCAACUCAGAGGGCCCAAGAAUGAGGUGGAGAAAUGCACAAAAUACAUGCAGAAGAUGGUGGCAGACCUGGUGGAAAAUAGUUACUCGAUUUCUGUUCCGAUCUUCAAACAAUUUCACAAGAACAUCAUUGGGAAAGGAGGCGCAAACAUUAAAAAGAUCCGAGAAGAAAGCAACACAAAGAUCGACCUUCCAGCAGAGAAUAGCAAUUCAGAGACCAUUAUCAUCACAGGCAAGCGAGCCAACUGUGAGGCUGCCCGGAGCCGCAUCCUGUCCAUCCAGAAAGACCUGGCCAACAUUGCCGAAGUGGAGGUCUCCAUCCCCGCCAGGCUGCACAACUCCCUCAUCGGCACGAAGGGCCGCCUGAUCCGCUCCAUCAUGGAGGAGUGCGGCGGGGUGCACAUCCACUUCCCUGUGGAGGGCUCGGGGAGUGACACGGUUGUCAUCAGGGGCCCCGCCUCCGAUGUGGAGAAGGCCAAGAAGCAGCUCCUGCACCUGGCAGAGGAGAAGCAAACCAAGAGUUUCACUGUUGACAUCCGCGCCAAGCCGGAAUACCACAAGUUCCUCAUUGGCAAAGGGGGUGGCAAAAUACGCAAGGUGCGUGACAACACUGGAGCCCGUAUCAUAUUCCCAACGGCUGAGGACAAGGAUCAGGACCUGAUCACCAUCAUCGGGAAGGAGGAUGCUGUCAGGGAGGCACAGAAGGAGCUGGAGGCCCUUAUUCAGAACCUGGAUAACGUGGUGGAGGACUGCAUGCUGGUGGACCCCAAGCACCACCGCCAUUUUGUCAUCCGACGAGGCCAGGUCUUGCGGGAGAUUGCUGAAGAGUAUGGUGGGGUGAUGGUUAGCUUCCCACGUUCUGGCACGCAGAGUGAUAAGGUCACCCUCAAGGGCGCCAAGGACUGUGUGGAGGCCGCCAAGAAGCGCAUUCAGGAGAUCAUCGAGGACCUGGAAGCCCAGGUGACCAUAGAAUGUGCCAUACCCCAGAAGUUCCAUCGAUCUGUCAUGGGCCCCAAAGGUUCUAGAAUCCAGCAGAUUACUCGGGACUAUAACGUUCAGAUUAAAUUCCCAGACAGAGAGGAGAACCCAGUUCACAGCGUGGAGCCACAAGUCCAGGAGAACGGUGACGAUGCUGGAGACGGGAGGGACACCAAAGACACCGACCCUGGCUCCCCAAGGAGAUGUGACAUCAUCAUCAUCUCUGGCCGGAAGGAAAAGUGCGAGGCCGCCAAGGAAGCCCUCGAGGCACUGGUUCCCGUCACCAUCGAAGUGGAGGUGCCCUUUGACCUUCACCGGUACAUCAUCGGGCAGAAGGGGAGCGGUAUCCGGAAGAUGAUGGAUGAGUUUGAGGUGAACAUCCACGUGCCGGCACCAGAACUACAGUCUGACGUCAUCGCCAUCACUGGCCUCGCUGCGAAUCUGGACCGGGCCAAGGCUGGGCUGCUGGAGCGAGUGAAGGAGCUGCAGGCUGAGCAGGAGGACCGAGCUUUAAGGAGCUUUAAGCUGAGCGUCACUGUGGACCCCAAAUACCAUCCCAAAAUUAUUGGGAGGAAAGGGGCAGUGAUUACUCAGAUCCGCUUGGAACAUGACGUGAACAUCCAGUUUCCCGAUAAGGAUGACGGGAACCAGCCCCAGGACCAAAUAACCAUCACAGGGUAUGAAAAGAAUACAGAAGCCGCCCGGGACGCUAUAUUGAAAAUCGUGGGUGAGCUUGAACAGAUGGUUUCUGAGGACGUCCCGCUGGACCACCGUGUUCACGCCCGCAUCAUCGGUGCCCGUGGAAAAGCCAUCCGCAAAAUAAUGGAUGAAUUCAAGGUGGACAUUCGUUUCCCGCAGAGUGGGGCCCCAGAUCCCAACUGCGUCACUGUGACGGGGCUCCCAGAGAACGUGGAGGAGGCCAUCGACCACAUUCUCAACCUAGAGGAGGAAUACCUGGCUGACGUGGUCGACAGCGAGGCGUUGCAGGUGUACAUGAAGCCGCCAGCCCACGAGGAGUCCAAGGCGCCAUCCAAGGGCUUUGUGGUGCGGGACGCUCCCUGGACCGCCAGCAGCAGCGAGAAGGCUCCUGACAUGAGCAGCUCUGAAGAAUUUCCCAGUUUUGGGGCUCAGGUGGCCCCCAAGACCCUGCCAUGGGGCCCCAAGCGAUAAUGAUCGAAAAGCAGAAAUCUCUCCAGCCUGCUGACCCAAACCCCACCAACACAUGGUUUGUCUCAAUCUGACCCGGCGGCUGGAGCCUCCAUAAAUUGUUGACGCUUCCCCCUCCCCGAGGUCUCGCAGUGAAGCCAGGCGCGCCAGCACCCCGCGUGCGCUCAGGAUCUGCUCCCUGACACCUUCGCUCUGGGACGGCUCUCCACUGUCGUGAACACUAACCGAGGUAAUUGGACAUUUCCCCGUAAGCGUCCUGGCUCAUCCAGCAUGUCCGUAAGGCUCUGGCCUCCGCUAGGAGAGCUCCACAGCUGUGGCGGAGUCUACUUCCUGUGUCAUGACCUCAGGAAAUAAAUUUCCUUGACUUUAUAAAAGCCAAAAUGUUUGCCCUCUUCCUUUCCCACCUCCUUUCCUCCCUUUGCCUGCCAUCCAGACCCUCCUUACAGAAUGCAGUCCACCUUCCAGCUGCCAAAAGCCCACUUGGCCCAGACCACAGGGUGGUGAGGGAGACCCAGUUUGCACACUGGGAGUGCCUGGGCCCAAAGGAGAGCCGUGGUGGAGCCAGAGGGGACCAGAGUGGCAGCAGGGUGACUGGGUGCUUGGGCUGUCUUGGCCUCGCAAAUGUUGGGGUCUGAAAGCACCCAAGUGUCUCCGCCCCCAAGCGUGGUGAGCAAACCCCAAAGGCAGGGCCGCGUGUCUCCGUCUGGGCCAGCCGUGGCUGUCGUGGUGGCCUGGUGUGGCCUGAGAGACGUGGGGACAGGGAGAGGGGCAGCCCGCAGAGUGGCAGUAGAGACUAGCCGCUCCUCUGUGGCCCCCUCGCCCCAGGCCAGGUGUCCAGCGUCCUCCUUUCUACCUCAGAGCCAGUGUGGCUGCUCUUCGUGCUUAGGGUGGUGCCACCCUGGCGCUCAGCCUCUCGGCGUAGAUGUUUCUGGUGGUGGCGUGUCUGCUGCAGCCCUGGGGGCGGGAAGCCGGUGCUGGGGCUCAGCCAGGCUGUCUGUCCUCUGACGCACGCUCGGAUGCUGCGUGUGAGCCCCCGGGAGCUGUCUCAGAGAGGCAGGCAUCGUGGUCCUGGGGCAGAGAGAGGUGGUCACUUGGCCUGGACCGGAGGACCCGGUGCUGGUGAGGGAGGGUCCGCUCUUUCUCAGGUGUGUGCUGGGUGACUGUGGGUGUCGGACCACGGGCCUUGGCCUGACCACAACGUGCCCUGCCCCCCAGCGGACUGUUGAAGGUCAGCUCUGGAGAGGAGAGGUGGCCCCGGGCGGUACAGAGGCGCCCGUGUGUCGCAUUGUGAGGGAACGAGGAUGGCCCUUUGUGUCGGCCCCCUGGCCUCCCCAUCUCUGCCUCUGCCCGCACGGAGGUGAUGGGGCCCUGUCGGGUUACCCCACCUGGGAUACUGGAGUUCCUGGGGGCCAGCUCGUGUCUGGCGCACACCCUGCGCCGCCCCUGCACCCCUGUCCUUCACCCUCCACUCAGUAACUCAAGCCCGGUGAUCUCCAGACUCCGAAAUUCUAAGCAGACUGAGAAUUGCUCGACCCAAGUGUACCUUCGGCUGCCCCUGCCAGCUUUCCGUCUGCCACGGCAGCCUCCAGCGUGCCCAUCUGUGGGAGCGUGCCACGGGGGUAGGAGAGAGCACUCACCUCAGCAGGCGGCCUGGGUGUCCCCAGAGUAGGCCUGUGAGGAGACGGAGGAAGGGGAGGCACCCCCUCCCCUCUCGGGCAGCCUGAUUGGGAAGGGCGGGCCCCUCCGCGUCUCCACCUGCAUGAGGUUUGGAGCCUUUCCCGUUGGCCGUCUUGUUUCCCUCUGCCUGCCCCUCUGGCUCCCUCGGCGUCUGCCCAGCCCUCUUUUCCCUUCAUCUUUUCUACGGCAUCCUUCGACGUCCCCCGCCCUUCCCCAAACGUAAAUUUUAAAUUUUCACAAGUUUUUGCACAUCUGCAUUUAUCGCUAAAUGUUGUAGAUACGAAUCCCCCCUUCCCCUGAACUGUGUUUGGGAUCUUGCGUGCUCUGUUUUUGGUUGUUGUUGGUAAAGACUGUUGGUGGCCCUGCCCAGGCCUGGUCUCCUGUGGCCGCCCCUGCUGCUGGGGCAGCCCUGGGCAGGGUGGGGUGUGCGUGUCCAUUUUCUUUGUUGAAUGUCUUCCAUAUUAUGUGUUUCCAUAGCUAUGAUCCGUCCCUUGGCCUUAAUUUUGGAAUCUGGAGAUUAUAUGCAAACAUGUGUAAAGGCUUAUGAAUAUGGAUGACACUGGAAUUUUAUAAAUUCUAAAAUAAAACCCAAAACCAGA